AUGGCACCUGGUGCAGCUGCUCAGGUCUCCGGUAUUGCACCGAGUGCAGCUGCAGCCAGAGGAUUUGUGUUUGAAGUUCUCGAACAACAAGGUCAUGCUGCCGGCCUCCACGACCCCAUAAUUCAAAUAAUUUUGGGUCAGCUCACUGUAAGAAUAAACUACGAACCACUGCAGUGCGUUGAAGUAGAAGUUAACCGUCCUAGUGCUAACCUUGGAAAUCCGAUUGAUGGUGGGCUUGCAGCACUCAACGGACGAUCGGCAGAUUUGGAAUCUGAAGUGAGGAAAUACUUGUACUGCCAAGAAAAUAUCACAGGUGGCUGA